UUUUUCAAAUUUAGGGCGCGCACUUUUACAAUUCAUUGACAAGCUGCUGAUUGGCUACGGAGAUCCACGUGAUCAGAACUGCUACUUUCUCUGCCAAAAAAAGAGACGGGUUUCAUACUCGGAGAAGGUUCGCUAAAGAAGCGUUUAAGGUUACAUUAGUGCUGAAAAUUAAAAGGUGACACCAUGGGGGACGACAGUGAGUGGAUGAAACUUCCCAUUGACCAGAAAUGUGAACACAAGGUAUGGAAAGCAAGGCUAAAUGGGUACGAGGAAGCUAUGAAGCUCUUCCAGAAACUAGAUGAGAAAAGCCCGGAAUGGUCUAAAUAUCUGGGUCUGAUCAAGAAGUUUGUUACGGAAUCCAAUGCUGUUGCCCAAUUGAAAGGCUUGGAAGCUGCUCUUGUCUUUGUAGAAAAUGCACACGUUGCAGGAAAAACAACUGGUGAUGUGGUCUCCGGAGUUGUUAAUAAGGUGUUUAACCAGCCAAAAGCCAGAGCUAAAGAAUUUGGUGCAGAUAUUUGUUUGAUGUAUAUAGAGAUAGAGAAAGCUGAAGCCGUGCAAGAAGAGUUGCUAAAGGGUCUGGAUAACAAGAACCCAAAGAUUGUGGUGGCUUCUGUAGAAACCUUGAGGCGAGCACUGAGUGAAUUUGGAUCUAAGAUAAUGUCAUUGAAGCCAAUUAUUAAAGUGUUGCCAAAAUUAUUUGAGUCUCGAGAAAAGGCUGUCCGAGAUGAAGCCAAACUCUUUGCUGUGGAGAUAUACCGCUGGAUCAGAGAUGCCCUAAGGCCUCCAUUACAAAACAUUAACCCUGUGCAGCUUAAAGAGUUAGAAGAAGAGUGGGUAAAACUUCCCCAGUCUGCUCCCAAACAGACCCGUUUCCUGCGUUCUCAGCAAGACCUUAAAGCGAAGUUUGAGCAGCAGCAGGCAUGUGGUGGUGAUGCUGGAGCAUCUUAUUGGUUUGAUGCCUUGUCUGAUGCUCUUAAAGUAGUGACUCAUCUGGAGGAGAUCCAAGAUGGGAUUAAGGCUCUCAGGCUAGCCAACUCAUUUAUUUCUUAUGCUACUAUGCAAGUUAUCAAGCUGGGAGCCAGGAUAUCUGACUUUGCGAUUAAAGAGUGUGCAGAUAAAGCAGAACUUGCCUAUGGCAAGAAGGGAGGAGCUUCUGGAGAUAAGAAGGAAAUCAAAGCACCUACUGCUGCCCCAGGAAAACCCACAUCUGGUGAGAAGGAUGUUAAAGAUAUUGCUAAACCUGGAGCACCGCCUAAAAAGGUCCCCGCUGUCAAAGCUGGUGGCCCUGUAAAGAAAGCUAAAGCCCCUGCGUCUACAGGAGCAGCAAAGGGAAAGAAAGGAGCCAUGGAAACAAAAGAAAUUAUCGAGCAGGAACUCUCUCCAGAGGCCUGUGAAGAGAAAGCAGCAGCUGUUCUCCCAGCACCCUGCAUGCAGCACCUGGAUAGCAGUAACUGGAAGGAGAGACUUGCUAGCAUGGAGGAAUUCCAGAAGUCUGUUGAAGUAAUGGAGAGGAAUGACAUCCCCUGCCAAGCACUAGUCAAAAUGCUGGCUAAGAAACCUGGCUUUAAGGAAACAAACUUUCAGGUUAUGCAGAUGAAGCUGCACAUAGUGGCUCUUGUUGCCCAGAAGGGAAUUUUUUCCAAAACCUCUGCCAAUAUUGUACUGGAUGGGCUAGUUGAUAAAGUAGGAGAUGUAAAAUGUGGAGGAAAUGCCAAGGAAGCCCUGAGUGCUAUUGCACAAUCAUGCAUGCUGCCCUGGACUGCUGAGCAGGUAGUAUCUCUGGCCUUUGCACAGAAGAAUCCAAAGAACCAGUCUGAAACCCUGAACUGGCUCUCAAAUGCCAUUAAAGAGUUUGGUUUUGCAGGGUUGAAUGUCAAGGCAUUUAUCAGCAAUGUGAAAACUGCUCUUGCUGCAACAAACCCUGCAAUCAGGACAUCUGCCAUCACCUUGCUGGGGGUUAUGUAUCUGUAUGUGGGAGCACCACUGCGCAUGUUUUUCGAGGAAGAAAAGCCAGCUCUUCUUUCUCAGAUUGAUGCAGAGUUUGAAAAGAUGAAAGGGCAAACACCCCCAGCGCCUACACGUGGGGCCUCAAAGAAUGGUCCAGGAGGUGAAGCGUGUGAGGAUGGAGAAGAGCAAGAAGAGGAGUCACCGGCUGAUGUAAUGGAUCUUCUGCCAAGGACUGAUAUCAGUGAUAAAAUUGGUUCUGACUUGGUUGCAAAGAUAAGUGAUAAAAAUUGGAAGAUACGGAAGGAGGGUCUUGAUGAAGUUACAACCAUUCUUAAUGAGGCAAAAUUUAUUCUGCCAAACAUUGGAGAGCUUCAAAGUGCACUGAAAGGCCGGCUCAAUGACUCAAACAAGAUCCUGGUUCAGCAGACUCUGACUAUCCUUCAGCAACUUGCUACGGCCAUUGGACCCAGCAUCAAACAACAUGUGAAAAAUCUGGGGAUGCCUAUUAUAACUGUGCUAGGAGAUAGUAAGGCCAAUGUGAGAGCAACUGCUCUUACCACUCUUAAUUUAUGGGUGGAACAGACUGGUAUGAAGGAAUGGCUGGAAGGAGAGGAACUGUCUGAGGAGCUUAAAAAGGAAAAUCCUUUCCUGAGACAGGAGCAUGUGGAGAGCGAGAAGGAAGGUAUUAUGAGCUGUCUGGACAUCAUUUUGAAGUGGCUCACUCUGCGCUUUUUUGACACGAAUACUAGUGUUCUGAUGAAGGUACUGGAGUUCCUGAAACUGGUCUUUACCAUGCUUAGCCAGGAAGAAUACCACAUGACUGACCUAGAAGGAAACUCUUUCAUCCCUUACCUGCUGCUAAAGGUUGGCGAGCCAAAGGACAACGUACGUAAAGAUGUACGUGCCAUUUUGAGUAAGAUGUGCCAGGUUUACCCAGCCAGCAAAAUGUUUAACUUCAUCAUGGAAGGGAUAAAGUCAAAGAACUCCAAGCAGAGAGCAGAGUGCCUUGAGGAGCUUGGCUGUUUGGUUGAGUCUUAUGGAAUAAAUGUAUGCCAGCCAACCCCUGCCAAAGCUCUAAAAGAGAUAGCUGUCCACAUUGGUGACCGUGACAAUUCAGUACGCAAUGCUGCCCUCAACACAAUAGUAGCAGUAUACAAUGUGCAUGGAGAGCAGGUCUUCAAACUUAUUGGAAAUCUCUCUGAGAAAGACAUGAGUAUGCUGGAGGAGAGGAUAAAGCGAUCUGGGAAGAAGCAGGCUGUGGCAGUACCUGCUAAGCAAGUGGAAGAGAAACCUCAACGUGUGCAGAAUGCCAAUGCCAGUCUUCUGCGCAAACCACCUCCUGAGGACAUGUCCUCCAAACUCAACCAAGCGCGAAAUAUGGGGACGCACAAUGAAACAACCCAGUCUGUUCCGAGGGAGUUCCAGCUGGAUCUUGAUGAGAUUGAGAAUGAUAAUGGUUCUAUGAAGUGUGAAAUGCCGGCACUUGUGCAGCACAAGCUUGAUGAGAUCUUUGAUCCAGUCAUGAUUCCAGAACCCAAGAUUCGAGCAGUAUCUCCACAUUUUGAUGACAUGCACAGCAACACUGCUUCCACUAUCAACUUUGUAAUAUCUCAGGUGGCCAGUGGGGACAUAAAUUCCAGUAUCCAGGCCCUAGCACAAAUUGAUGAAGUGUUGAGGCAGGAGGAUAAGGCAGAAGCCAUGUCUGGCCACAUUGAUCAGUUCCUUAUUGCUACAUUUAUGCAACUACGCAUGAUUUACAACACCCACAUGGCAGAUGAGAGAUUGGACAAAGAUGACAUUGUGCGUUUGUACAGCUGCAUUAUUGGCAACAUGAUCUCGCUCUUCCAGAUGGAGACCCUUGCUCGGGAAGCCUCCACUGGUGUGCUGAAAGAUCUCAUGCAUGGUCUCAUCACCCUAAUGCUGGACUCACGGGUAGAGGAUCUUGAGGAGGGUCAGCAGGUUGUGCGUUCUGUGAACUUAUUGGUGGUCAAGGUGCUGGAGAAAUCUGACCAGACCAACAUAUUAAGUGCGCUGCUGGUGCUGCUUCAAGACAGUCUGCUGGCUACAGCCAUUUCCCCCAAGUUUUCAGAGCUUGUUAUGAAGUGCCUCUGGAGAAUGAUCCGUCUCCUCCCAGAAUCAAUAAAUAACAUCAACCUAGAUCGGAUUCUGCUGGAUAUCCACAAUUUUAUGAGGGUCUUGCCCAAAGAAAAGUUGAAGCAGCACAAGAGUGAGCUUCCCAUGAGAACACUGAAGACCUUGCUGCACACACUCUGCAAGCUGAAGGGGCCUAAGAUCAUGGAUCACUUGGGCAUGAUUGAGAAUAAGAAUGAGUCUGAGCUAGAGGCUCAUCUACUGCGUGUCAUGAAGCACUCGAUGGACAGCACUGGAUCAAAAUCGGACAAGGAGACAGAGAAAGGAGCUUCACGCAUUGAAGAAAAGGUUUCCAAAGCAAAUGUGAGUGACUUCUUGGCAGAGAUUUUCAAGAAGAUCGGCUCUAAAGAAAAUACAAAAGAGGGUCUGGCUGAGCUAUACGAGUACAAGAAAAUGUAUUCUGAUGCAGACAUCGAGCCCUUCCUGAAGAACUCCUCACAAUUCUUCCAGAGUUAUGUGGAGCGUGGCCUCCGCCUCAUAGAGAUGGAGCGGGAGGGCAAGGCUCGCAUUGCUCCAUCCACAGGAAUAUCUCUCCAUGCAACAGAGAUCACUGCUCCCCCAGCAGUGACAAAUGCUCCUCCCCCAGUUACCACCACAAAUGGAGAGGAAGUAGGCCCUUCUGUGUAUAUGGAGCGGCUAAAAAUUUUGCGGCAAAGAUGCGGGCUAGAUAAUGCCAAGCAAGACGAGAGGCCACCCCUGAGCUCUCUGCUCUCCAAGUCCUCUGUGCCGGCGGUAGUAUCCUCUACAGACAUGCUGCACAGCAAAUUAUCUAAUCUGCGAGAGUCUAGAGACCAAUUCCAUCACUUGGAUUUGGACUCAAACCAGACACACUCCAAUACAACGUCUUCGUCUUCAUCUUCCACCUCUACAACAAACAUUGAUGAUUUAAAAAAGAGACUAGAAAGAAUAAAAAGCAGUCGGAAAUGAA